GACGGCGAUUAUAGCUUGGAAGGGGGCUGAGACCAGAGAUCCAGAAGGUGAGAGCCUGAGAGGUCGGGUCGUUAGUUCUAGUGGUGGAUCGAAUAGAGAUUGAAGAGCGGAAGAGAGAUGCGGAUUGGUCUCCUCCUCCUCCUCUUGCUCGCCUUUGUCAGCGUCCCGGCGGGAGCCCUCUAUUCCCCCUCUUCUCCCGUCGUCCAGCUCAACCCCUCCAACUUCAAGUCCAAGGUUUUGAACGCGAAUGGGGUCGUCCUGGUGGAGUUCUUCGCGCCCUGGUGCGGCCACUGCCAAGCUCUCACGCCCACGUGGGAGAAAGCCGCCACCGUCUUGAAGGGCGUCGCCACUGUCGCCGCCCUUGACGCCGACGCCCACAAGUCUCUCGCCCAGGAAUACGGAAUUAAAGGAUUUCCUACAAUAAAGGUGUUCUCACCUGGUAAGCCUCCAGUAGAUUAUCAAGGAGCAAGGGAUGUGAAGCCUAUUGCAGAAUUUGCUCUGCAGCAGAUUAAGGCGCUUCUUAAGGAACGGUUAAAUGGCAAGUCAUCUAGAGGUUCAAGUGAGAAAUCUGAAACAAGUGCUUCGAUAGAACUGACUUCUCGUAACUUUGAUGAACUAGUUCUAAAAAGUAAAGACCUUUGGAUUGUGGAAUUCUUUGCACCAUGGUGUGGGCAUUGCAAAAAGCUGGCACCAGAAUGGAAGAAAGCCUCAAAUAACUUGAAGGGGAAAGUGAAACUAGGCCAUGUUGAUUGUGAUGCAGAAAAGUCUUUGAUGAGUAGAUUCAAUGUACAAGGAUUCCCUACUAUUUUGGUGUUCGGAAUUGUCAAGGACAGCCCAUAUCCCUAUGAGGGGGCUCGAGUUGCUUCAGCAAUUGAGUCAUUUGCACUGGAACAGCUCGAAACCAAUGUUGCUCCUCCUGAAGUGUCCGAGUUGACUGGCCCAGAUGUGAUGGAAGAGAAAUGUUCUUCGGCUGCUAUCUGUUUUGUGGCUUUCCUCCCUGAUAUCUUGGAUUCCAAGGCAGAGGGAAGAAAUAAGUACCUUGAGCUUCUAUUGUCAGUUGCUGAGAAAUUUAGAAGGAGCCCUUACAGCUAUGUGUGGGCUGCAGCAGGCAAGCAGCCUGACCUCGAGAAGCAGGUCGGAGUUGGUGGUUAUGGUUACCCAGCUUUGGUGGCUCUGAAUGUGAAGAAAGGCAUAUACGCCCCGCUCCGGAGUGCCUUCGAGCAUGACCCGAUCAUUGACUUUGUGAAAGAAGCAGGGCGUGGUGGUAAGGGAAACCUGCCUCUAGAGAAAGCCCCCUCUGUCGUCCAAACAGAACCAUGGGAUGGCAAAGAUGGAGAGAUCAUUGAAGAGGAUGAGUUCUCUCUUGAAGAGCUUCUGGGGGAAGACACUACAACCAAAGAUGAAUUAUAACCAGGAAGCAGGAUUUGGAUAAUUUGUGCAUGAGUGUCAAAAAUGAGGACUGUCAAGCAAUUCCAACAUUAUUGGAAGUCGUGAUUCAUAUGCUUCAGACUGUUUUGCCUUCGUCAGAGAAAUUUCAGGUCUGGUUCAUGGAGUGUUUACAGUACUUUCUUGAGGGCACCAUGCUUCAUCAUGGGUCUAGAUGGAUAGAUCUCAAUAUGUUAGUUUCUUGUAAGGGAACAUGUUAAUUUAGAAUCUAAUUACUUGAUAAUGGAAACAGUUUUUUUUAAUAUUUAACACAGGUUAGAUGUUUGUGUA